AUGGGGGCAGACGGGGAGACAGUGGUCUUGAAGAACGUGCUCAUUGGCGUCAACCUGAUCCUUCUGGGCUCCUUGCUCAAGCCCUCGGAGUGUCAGCUGGAGGUCACCAUGGAAAGGGUCCAGAGACCAACAGUGGAGGAGGAAGGAGGCGCUGCCAGCUACAACGCAUCCAGCAAGGAACAGCCGGUGGUCUUCAACCACGUGUACAACAUCAACGUGCCCCUGGACAGCCUCUGCUCCUCGGGGCUGGAGGCCUCGGCAGAGCACGAGGUGAGCCCCGAAGACGAGGUGCUGACGGAGUACACGGGCCAGACCUCGGACCACGAGAGCCAGGUCACCUUCACGCACAGGAUCAACCUCCCCAAGAAGGCCUGCCCGUGUGCCAGCUCGGCCCAGGUGCUACAGGAGCUGCUGAGCCGAAUUGAGAUGCUGGAGAGGGAGGUGUCAGUUCUGCGGGACCAAUGCACCAGCAACUGCUGCCCGGAGAGUGCGGCCACAGGACAACUGGACUAUAUCCCUCACUGCAGUGGCCACGGCAAUUUUAGCCUCGAGUCCUGUGGCUGCAUCUGUGAUCAAGGCUGGUUUGGCAAGAACUGCUCGGAGCCCUACUGCCCGCUGGGCUGCUCCAGUCGGGGCGUGUGUGUGGAGGGCCAGUGCGUCUGUGACAGCGAGUACAGCGGGGACGACUGCUCGGAGCUCCGGUGCCCGACCGACUGCAGCUCCCGGGGGCUGUGCGUGGACGGGGAGUGCGUCUGCGAAGAGGCCUACACGGGCGAGGACUGCAGCGAGCUGAGGUGCCCCGGGGACUGUUCGGGGAAGGGGACCUGUGCCAACGGUACCUGCCUGUGCCAGGAGGGCUACGUCGGUGAGGACUGCGGCCAGCGGCGGUGUCCCAACGCCUGCAGCGGCCGAGGACACUGCCAGGAGGGGUUGUGCCUCUGUGAAGAGGGCUACCAGGGCCCUGACUGCUCGGCAGUUGCCCCUCCAGAGGACUUGCGAGUGGCUGGUAUCAGCGACAGGUCCAUUGAGCUGGAAUGGGACGGGCCGAUGGCAGUGACGGAAUAUGUGAUCUCUUACCAGCCGACGGCCCUGGGGGGCCUCCAGCUCCAGCAGCGGGUGCCUGGAGAUUGGAGUGGCGUCACCAUCUCAGAGCUGGAGCCAGGUCUCACCUACAACAUCAGCGUCUACGCUGUCAUUAGCAACAUCCUCAGCCUUCCCAUCACUGCCAAGGUGGCCACCCAUCUCUCCACACCGCAAGGGCUCCGAUUCAAGACGAUCACAGAGACCACCGUGGAGGUGCAGUGGGAGCCCUUUUCAUUCUCCUUCGACGGGUGGGAGAUCAGCUUCAUUCCAAAGAACAAUGAAGGAGGGGUGAUUGCCCAGCUCCCCAGUGACGUCACAUCUUUCAAUCAGACGGGACUAAAGCCUGGGGAGGAAUACAUUGUCAAUGUGGUGGCUCUGAAAGAGCAAGCCCGGAGCCCCCCUACCUCGGCCAGCGUCUCCACUGUCAUUGAUGGGCCCACUCAGAUUCUAGUUCGAGAUGUCUCCGACACCGUGGCCUUCGUGGAGUGGACCCCACCUCGAGCCAGAGUCGAUUUCAUUCUCCUGAAGUACGGCCUGGUGGGCGGGGAAGGCGGGAAAACCACCUUCCGGCUGCAGCCUCCCCUGAGCCAGUACUCGGUGCAGGCCCUGCGGCCGGGCUCCCGAUACGAGGUGUGGGUCAGCGCGGUCCGCGGAGCCAACGAGAGCGAGGCCUCCACCACCCAGUUCGCAACAGAGAUUGAUGCCCCCAAGAACCUGCGGGUUGGUUCCCGCACAGCCACCAGCCUUGACCUCGAGUGGGACAACAGUGAGGCAGAGGUUCAGGAGUACAGGGUUGAGUACAGCACCUUGGCGGGCGAGCAGUACCAUGAGCUGCUGGUCCCCAAAAGCAUCGGACCAACCAGCAGAGCCACACUCACCGAUCUGGUGCCUGGCACUGAGUAUGGAAUUGGAAUAUCCGCCGUCAUGAACUCACAGCAAAGCGUACCAGCCACCAUGAAUGCCAGAACCGAACUCGACAGUCCUCGAGACCUCAUGGUGACAGCCUCCUCGGAAACCUCCAUCUCCCUCAUCUGGACCAAGGCCAGCGGCCCCAUUGACCACUACCGAAUUACCUUUACCCCAUCCUCUGGGAUUGCCUCUGAAGUCACCGUGCCCAAGGACAGGACCUCGUAUACACUGACAGAUCUAGAGCCCGGGGCAGAGUACAUCAUUUCAAUCACAGCUGAGAGGGGCCGGCAGCAGAGCCUGGAGUCCACUGUGGACGCCUUCACAGGCUUCCGCCCCAUCUCCCAUUUGCACUUUUCUCACGUGACCUCCUCCAGUGUGAACAUCACCUGGAGUGACCCAUCCCCUCCGGCAGACAGACUCAUUCUCAACUACAGCCCCCGGGAUGAAGAGGAAGAAAUGAUGGAGGUCUCCCUGGAUGCCACCAAGAGGCAUGCUGUCCUGAUGGGCCUGCAGCCAGCUACCGAGUACAUUGUGAAUCUGGUGGCAGUCCAUGGCACAGUGACCUCUGAGCCCAUCGUGGGCUCCAUCACCACAGGAAUUGAUCCUCCCAAAGACAUCACAAUUAGCAAUGUGACCAAGGACUCAGUUAUGGUCUCCUGGAGCCCUCCUGUUGCAUCUUUUGAUUACUACCGAGUAUCCUAUAGGCCAACACAAGUGGGACGACUGGACAGCUCAGUGGUGCCCAACACGGUGACAGAAUUCACCAUCACCAAACUGUACCCAGCUACGGAAUAUGAAAUCAGCCUCAACAGCGUGCGGGGCAGGGAGGAGAGUGAGCGGAUCUGCACACUUGUGCACACAGCCAUGGACAAUCCUGCGGAUCUGACUGCUACCAACAUCACCCCAACCGAAGCCCUGCUGCAGUGGAAGGCGCCCAUGAGUGAAGUAGAGAACUAUGUCAUUGUUCUCACACACUUUGCAGUUGCUGGAGAGACCAUCCUGGUUGAUGGAGACAGUGAGGAAUUCCAGCUUGUUGACCUGCUUCCUAGGACCCACUACACUGUCACCAUGUAUGCCACCAGUGGGCCUCUCACCAGUGGUACCGUCAGUACCAACUUCUCUACCCUCUUGGAUGCUCCUGAAAAUCUGACAGCCAGUGAAGUCACCAGACAAAGCGCCCUGAUCUCCUGGCAGCCUCCCAGAGCAGAGAUUGAGAACUACGUCUUGACCUACAAAUCCACUGAUGGAAGCCGCAAGGAGCUGAUUGUGGACGCGGAGGACACGUGGAUCCGACUGGAGGGCCUGUCCGAGAGCACAGACUACACGGUGCUCCUGCAGGCGGCCCAGGACACUGCGCGGAGCAGCAUCACCUCCACCACCUUCACCACAGGGGGCCGGGUCUUCCCUCAUCCUCAAGACUGUGCUCAGCAUUUGAUGAACGGAGACACUCUGAGUGGGGUUUACACCAUCUUCCUCAACGGAGAGCUAAGCCAGAAGUUACAGGUGUACUGCGACAUGACCACCGAUGGGGGUGGCUGGAUUGUAUUCCAGAGGCGACAGAAUGGCCAAACUGAUUUUUUCCGGAAAUGGGCUGAGUACCGUGUUGGCUUUGGGAACCUGGAGGAUGAAUUUUGGCUGGGGCUGGACAAUAUACACAGGAUCACGUCCCAGGGCCGCUACGAGCUGCGCGUGGACAUGCGUGACGGGCAGGAAGCCGCCUUCGCCUCCUACGACAGGUUCUCUGUUGAGGACAGCAGAAGCCUGUACAAACUCCGCCUGGGAGGUUACAAUGGCACCGCAGGGGACUCUCUCAGCUACCAUCAGGGCCGCCCAUUCUCCACGGAGGACAGAGACAAUGACAUAGCAGUUACCAACUGUGCCAUGUCAUACAAGGGGGCUUGGUGGUAUAAGAACUGCCACCGGACCAACCUCAACGGGAAAUACGGCGAGUCCAGGCACAGUCAGGGGAUCAACUGGUACCACUGGAAAGGCCAUGAGUUCUCUAUCCCCUUCGUGGAGAUGAAGAUGCGCCCAUACAGCCACCGUCUCGUGGCAGGGAGGAAACGGCGGUCCUUGCAGUUCUAA